AUGCCAGCUAAGAACGCCAGCCAGACUACGAACAAGGCUUUGUCAGCUCGUAAGCAAACUCUCAAGGGUGGUCAAACCAACAAGAGCCGCAAGGUCCGCACUCAAGUCCACUUCUACAAGCCAAAGACUCUUCGCCUCCCAAGAGAUCCAAAGUACCCACGCAAAUCAAUUCCUUCCCGUGGCCAACUUGAUCAAUAUCAAGUUAUCCAACUCCCAGUUAACACUGAGGCUGCUAUGAAGAAGGUUGAAGAUGACAACACUUUGGUCUUCUUGGUUGACAGAAGAGCUAACAAGCGUCAAAUCAAGGACGCUGUUAAGAAGUUAUACGACGUUGACGCCGCUAAGGUCAACACCCUCAUCCGUCCAGAUGCUUCAAAGAAGGCUUUCAUCAGAUUGACCCCAGAUCACGAUGCUCUUGACGUCGCUAACCGUAUUGGUUUGCUCUAA